AUGGUGGAGGUGCUGGAGCUUCUGGCUUCGGACAGCCCAAGUCAAGACAGAUCGGCCUCGCCGACAACUAGCAGCGUCACCACUGACAGCCACAACUCCUCGAUUACUGGGUCGAACCACAGCUCUGUGAGUGGAGACACCAAUCAUGGUGAUAACGGCGACGUACAGGGCACUCUUCUGGAUGUCGGUGACCAAACACGAAGCGGAUCGUCUCAUUUGGUGACCCUGCCGUCUAGCGGCGACAACUUUGAGGAAAAAUACCCCGCAGGAUACAGAACUGAUGAGGAGCAGGAGCAAGCAACUCUAGGCUUCGUUCAGCGGAUGCAGGACUCAAUGUAUGCACCUCUUGUCUCUAUGCUGUCGUGUUGUUUGCGCUAA